AUGUUGCGAGUCAUUGCUCUACUAGCCUUUUUUCUGGGGCUGUUUAACGCAGCAGCCUGCUACCAGAACCAAGCGACAAUGAACCAGACAGCGUCCGUCAAUUGCCAGUAUGCAUGCUCUCGUCUUUCAGCCAUCUUUAGAUCUGCCCUGCAUUACCCAGAUCGAGACAACUUCACCAUCUGGGAUGCUAAACAACAAGAAGCCCGGCCGGCUUGUCGGGUUGAGCCCUCCAACGCGACCGACGUUUCAAGAAUACUGGAUAUCCUCGUGGGCAGCUGGUGCCACUUUUCUGUUAAGGGUGGUGGCCAUUCUAGAAACCCGGGGGACUCUAAUUCACAAGGCGGCGUGACUCUGGACUUGGGUCGGCUGAACAGUGUUGAAAUAAUGGACGAUGGGGCCAGAGCUCGUGUUGGCGGGGGUGCAAACUCUGCUCAAGUAUAUCGGGCAUUGGAGUCCCAAAAGCUAUCAUUUGUUGGCGGCCGGGUUGGUACUGUUGGUGUGGGCGGAUUUAGUCUGGGUGGUGGAACAUCCCCAUUAUCGAACAAACAUGGAUGGGCAUUAGAUAACAUUUACGAAUACGAGGUUGUACUUGCCAAUGGAACUAUAACCACUGCCUCUGAGACACACAACCCAGAUCUUUAUUAUGCUCUUCGCGGCGGUGGCAACAACUUCGGCAUUGUCACAAACUUCGUUGUUCGUACAUUUCCUCAGGGACCUGUCUUCACCGGCAUGACUUCCUAUGCCGCCAAUCAGUCUGAGCAGGUUCUCGACAGGGUCUAUGACCUGUAUACCGACCGUGCUCUGACAAGCGACGUGGAGAUGGGCUAUGACCUUUACUACACCUAUGAUUCCAACAGUGACGAGUUCAUCCUGAUGGGUGCUCAACGCUACGGGAAGCCAGUGGAGAAUCCCAAAGUCUUCCAUGACAUCAAUCAAAUACCCACGUUAAGCAGAAAUACAUUUAUCGGCAAUUUGAGUAGCCUGGCGGAUGAUUCCGGCCCAAUGGGAACUACCAGAAUUGAGGCAGUGGCCAAAGAGCUGAAAGUCGCUGACCGGUAUCUUUAUAUCAACUACGCUUCUGCUGCACAGGCAGACAAAGUCUUUGCUGGUUACGGCGAGAAGAAUUGGCAGAGACUGAGAGAUAUCCAGAGAUCUGUCGAUCCUCGAGGUAUCUUCACCUCAAAAGGCCUAUGGAAAGGGUUUGUCAAAUUGCUGUAA